UUGCGUGAUUGGCUCUUACGUCACAGGACGUUUGUCGAACGUUCGUCACACUUCCUCCUGGAGAACAAAGUGUUGUCUUCAAGGAAGGAAAACUGCUGCGAUUUUCCCCAAGAUUUGGCCGCAAAAGGCAUAUUCGUCUAUCCGAGAUUGUCGAGAACACUACUAAGACACCAGGUAUACAGCCUUCUGGGUGUGGACAAGUACAGUUCUCAGCAAAAGACCACGCCGUGCCACGUAUCUGCUUAGUCAUCCGCACUGAAACGUGAUCGACCGAGGUAUUUGUCACCGCAAAAUCUACCAAGGGACUUCCAAAAUCCUCAUUAGAAACGAAAAAUUUUAUUAUUUUACUAAAAACUGUCAAGAUUGAGGAAGUAGAAGCGGCAAGACUACACAACUUCCUGUUGUUUUCGUGGAAAGCAGACAAGGGAUCCGGCUUUUGAGAACUCAUUUGCAUAUCGACCGGCCAGAACAAAUAUGGCACCCCACCAAAAUGCGUCACCUGCAAACGUCAGUCAUCUGCUGGCAGCUGCCCUCCGCAAGAAGUCAGCAGCGGUCAAGAAGAGGAGGUCGCCCGAUUUCCGUAAGAAAGCCUUGCUCGAGGCCACCGUCAGGCGAGUGAUUGAAGACAUCAGGGCCGAACAGAUCGCCAUCCGCGAGCAGAAAUAUGAGGCUGAGGAAAGCGAGGACUUUCAGCUUACGAAAGACAGUGACUUACAGCUGACAAAGGACAAUCCACCAUCCACCGAUAGCGCUGUUGCGCCGGUUAGAUCACGGUGGGAUGACGAUGAGGAAGAAGAGGAAGACCAGGAGAUGGAAAGUCAAGACAGCAGCUUUGGUAUCCAAAGAGACUUGAACAAAAACGAGGUGGUCAGUGUCACACCUGAUGCCAAAGUUGUACCAACCACACACACAUCUCUCAGCAGUGCAAUAGACGCAGUGGAACAGGAAAGAAGACGGGGAACAUGGAAACCCAACACCAAGGGCGAUUGGAGAUGGAGGGUCGAGGACUGUGAAUCAGACUCUGAGGAGGACAUACUCGGACUAGGGUCAUUCUUCAGCCGCGUCAGAAAGUACACCCACAAGAGGGGGUAACUCAACUCAGGAAACAGUGGUUGACAGGAAUCAAUCAAAUCAGUAUUUGUAUAUUUAUGUACCAUGAGUUCAAUUUGUGCCUUAUCUGUAAAUUGUAUAAUUGAUUGUCAAGGUCUCAUGUUGUAUGAUGUUUCUUCUCAAGGUUGUCAGUUGAGCUGACAAGGAUGGUGUGGCUUGGUUUGUGGUGGAGCGGAAACCAAGCCAUGUGGAGAAAGGGCAGAGGAAUUGUGAGCAAAGCACAUCUCCCAAGGCCCCCAUAAGCUCCAAGUCUAGGGUAUCUUGAUGCUGGAAGUCAGUUACCUGGCUAUAGGUAUAUUGUACUUUAUGUAAAGUUUGUACGGUUUUCUAAGUAGUACUAUGAAAUGACUUGCCUUGUGAAGACAUAUGAUAAACCAUGUUUUGCUACUAAAAGUACCUCCAUGGAUAAAGCAGUAAAUACUUCAUAAUUUAGUAGCUCUAACUGGUUAGAAAGUUUGCAUUUCAAAACUACCCACAACAUACUUGCAGCACUGGGCAGUCAAUUUUUUUUAUUUAUUUACCAGUCUGGUAGUUGAUGCUACAGUAUACAUCAUUACAUCUGAAAGUGAAAGCAUAUUCAAAAUUGCAGUGCUGCAACAUUUUGUGGGAUUUUACAUGAACAUGUCAUUGAUACAAAGGUUUUAUUUUCACAACACAUUUCCUCACUGGAUGUGAAAACUAGACUUGAAAAGUAUCUGGAAUGUGCUGUUGGGUAGUAGUCUAACUAACUGCAAUGGUGUUAAGUUUUGCCACAUUGUCUUGUGUUCUGUUUCUCACGCAAUUGUGUUGCAUUCAAUGUCAGCCCUCUGGAUCAACUGCUCCCUUGCGAGACAGCUGGAGGCACUCCUACCACAGCCGAGCUCUCGGAGCUCAGUCCCCCACUGACAGGUGUACCAAUGUUAAUUUCUCUUUGCUGCACUUUAUUGCAUGUUCCGUACUUACGUUAGAUAUAUGAAAUUUGACACUUCUGUUAGAACUUAGAUAUGUGAAAUUUGACACAUUUGCGGAAAAUACAUACCAAAAUGUUCUUCAGCUGACACUUUAGGGUGAACAAUUUUGAGGUUUCUUGUCAAAAAAGUGUUGUAGAGUAUUAAACUGGUCCUAUUUAAAUUUGUCACAUUUUUAAUUAACACAUUAGUUGGAUUGCUACUUUUUGGUGCUUCUAGUUUGUGAAGGGCAAAUACAGCAUUUACGGUUUUCCUCAGCCACAUCACUUGUCACCAAGAGCCCUUGUUUACCUAUUUCUUGACCAUGAUCGUCCUUUAGGUGGGCUGACUCUCUGGCCCAACUCGCCUCGGCAGUCCAUCUGCUGAGUUCCAUGGUCCUCCUCAGACCAGACUUAGUCACAGCCUCGCAGUGCCUCGCUCGUCAUCAGAAAGGAGAACAACCCGCAGCUAGCCGACUUCGGUAAAUGGGGAUCAAUGGGAAGUAAUGCCCUUUGGUGUGAGUGCUUGAAAUGUAGUACAUGUAUUACUGGAUUACUAUUGUUUUCUUGAUACCAAAUUUAUUUUUGUCCAUGUUUUAGCCCAGACCUUUUCUAGAUUUCUUAAUACUGCCACAUUUUACUUGGUGUGACAUUUUACUCGGUAACCCCUCGUGGAGAAAAGAAAAUGGAUAUUUUUUUAGACCAUGCUGUCGUGAGUUACUUAACGUUGUUUUGGGAGACAUGUUCACUAGAUCUUUUUCAGUACGUGGAAUUCUGAACAGACUGGAAGACCAAACAAGACUCCAAGCAUCAACCUGACCCAACUCAACACGGAACGUGUAUUAUACCUCAGACGCCCACUUCUACUUUUAAGAAGCGGUUAUCUAAAUCUUUCAUUUCCAGGUUAUUUUACUUGUGUAUUGCUGUUGUAUGUAUGUACACAUGUAUGUAUGUGAACUGUUUUGACGUCAAACACGAGGCAAAAGUCAUUCUCUAUCGAUAUUUGAAAACUUUGUACAGAUUUUCAGAAUAAAAAAAGUUGAAUCGA